UGAUACCCGGGUCUACCUAACGCUUCUCAUACCAUCAUUUUCCUAGAAUCACCCCAGAGAUCGCCAAUUCAAAUGAAAACCCCAAAAUGCCACCGUACAAGCCCUCACCGCACCGCUUCUUAGCGCCAUCGACAGCGCCACCUCAGAAGUCGCGUCCGAAGCCGCAAUCGAGCCUCCGCCACAGCAUCACCGCCUCGACACCAUCCCAUGCCUUGGAGCUCAGCGCAAUCGAGACACCCCUUCGAACAAAACCGACCAGAACCCUACUAUCUACAGUCACACCGGCAAAGCGCUUCGUAAUUACACCGUCGCGAAGCAGAAUAGACAGCCGGAUCGGAAAGAGCAAGCAGAAGCACGAUGCAGUCCACGACGAAGACGAUGAUGGCGAUACACCACAUUUCGAGCAUACGCCGCGAUUCACUCAACCGAGGAGGAAAUUGCAGCGUAUAGAAAGCAUAGAGGAGACAUCCCAGGAAAGCCCCUCCGCGUCACUUGAGAACAGUGACUGCAAUGCUAGCGACGACGUCGACAUCGCGCAAACGAUCGAGCAAUCGCAGACAUUCGCUCCAGAAGAGGAAGUGAAUAAAGCCGAGGAGGAAGACGAGAACGACGAAGACAUCGAAAUGCUCUUCUCGGUCCGAAGAACAAAGCGGCCCAGAUUGUCGCAAGAACCGCCCACAUCUCCAAUCCAGGAUCGUUCGCAUGCUCAACGACUACCACAGACUCCCGCCCCGACGACGUCUCUCGCCCCAGGGACCUCUUCGCAUAGAUUCAUCGUCCCAGCUCCCAAACUUUCACUUCCAGCAGCACCCGUUGCUGAGGCAGGGAUGACCGCGGUCGCCAACCCAAUGGCCACUCGUCCCACGUUUCUAAUCCCUCGUCUCCCGCCUUCGCCUCGAAAGUUAGCAACACCGCUUCCCGAGACAUUUUCCCCGUCGAGGAAGGGUCAGAAGUACAUUCCCAACGGCCUGGCCUCGACAAUGCAAUCGUGGAUCAUCGAGACGGCGAGCACGGGCUACCAGGCACAAGCCAAAGAUACCAUGCCUUGGAGCCGCGACAAGGACGACGGCGUGAAAUUCAAACUCCGCAUCACGGAAACCGGCGGCGUCAGUGGGAAUAAUGGGGAGGUAGAGUGCUAUAAUGGCGGCUGGACUAUGGUCAAAGGAGAGACUGAUGUAGGGCUCUAUAAUGCGAGUAGGCUUCUGGAUAACGUAGCUGAGGAUGGUUCAACCUAUGUGUUGCUCGCGGGGAAAGGGGGCUCGAGGGGCGCCGGUGGCAUUCGUGUUCGGGUUGGGUCUGUUGUUGGCUUACGACCGCCUUUUUGGGAUAUCGACAUGGGCGUAGAUGGACGAAAAUGUGUAAUAGGAGUGGAUUGGUUGUUGCUCUAAGUGCACGGUUUCACGAUGAAAUGAUAGGAUGACGACAACUAGAGUCAAAUGUGCUAUGAUAUAUGAGGUUUGUUUUAAUUGUGUUCGUGCCCGGCCUGAAUCAAC